AUGAAUCAUAAAGAAGAUGAGAUUAAACUAAAAAGUGAACUAGAAUUAACUAAACAAAGAAUGAGACAAGAAAUUGAGCGUUUAAAUCAUUCAGAACAAGUUAUGAGUGAAAGUAAUAACGCACUUCAAAGUACAAAUUUAAUAUAUAGUAUAUACAAUAAUAAAAUGAACCUAAAUAUGUCAAAAUUCCAUAAAAUACGUAAAAGUAGUGAACAAGAUACUUAUUUACUAUGGUUUUCUUUUUUUUUUCUCUUAUUUGUUUGUUGUUUUAUUAUAUUAAGAAGGCUGGGAUUUAUACGAUACUUGAUUUUUAAACCAAUUAUUAUAAUUAUGAAAUUAUUUAAAGAUAAUGAAUUUAAUAUAAAAGAGGAACUAUAA